AUGGCCAGCCCCACCGUCGACUCCCAUCCCCCCCCGCGCUCUUUCGAGUGUCCUCCCCGUCGGGUGGCCCUUCCUCAGCAUGACGAUGGUCGUGGCAAUCUUGGCCGUAGCCUCAAGAGCUGUGACGAACGAGGAAGGAAGAUGGGCGAGGGGGCCCGCGAAGCCGCCCACGCCGGCGGACUCGUCCUGGGGUCUGGCCGCAGCUUGGGCAAGACGUUGGCGGCGGAGCUGCUGUUGUGGUGCGAUGAGCUGCGCAGUCGGGGCUCCAGAAAGGAGAAGCAACGGCAGAUGCAGAAGCGUGAAGCCGUUCCUGAGAUCCCCGCGGCGUUGUAA